ACAAUAGCAAUAUAUAUCAAUCAUAAUAAUCCAUGUAAAACUUACUUACUUUGGUUUACAUCCAGUUAAUUAUAAAUAUUGAUGAUAUUUCACUUUCCCCAUUCGUUUAACACAUGGAAUUAUUUGCAAGACAUCUUUCAUAAUAUUUAUAAGUUCGUAAGGUGUUUGCUAUGUUUUGUUUCAUUGUAUACUAUUAAAGAAAUAUAUAUCAAUCAUGAUAAUCCAUUUAAAACUUAACUUACUCUGGUUUACAUCAAGUUAAUUAUAAAUUUUGAUGAAAUUCCACUUUCCGCAUUCGUUUUACACAUGGACAAAUGUCCCGUACGUCACAGCGCGGAUGUUUAUAUUUUGAGCUAUUACAUAAUAACAACAAUGAGUUCUAUCAUUUCAUUCAGGCUAAUGAAACUUGAUUAGAUACAAGAUGAAAACGUGAUAAUGAGAGAUUUCCAGCUUAUUUCAAUUUACAGAGUUUUAAUGACAAAUUUUUUUUUUAAAGUCAGCUUUUGUCUGGUCCCGUACGUCACAGCGCAUAUUAAUUAAAAUAUUACAUCGUUAAUGGAAUUGCAGAUCAAAAAUCCAUAUAAGAUUCUCUGUUAUGCAUUUAUUUUUUUGUUAUACAACUUUAAAGUCUCUAAAUGUCCCAUAAGUCACAAGUCAAAUAGCUUGGACCUGCCCAAAUUACAUGUAUACAUUAUUAAAAUGAAUAUAGAUGUAGUCGAUUUUGUCAUCUAAACAAAGAGAAUAUUCAUUUCCAAUACACGUCACAUUUUAUCAAGUACCGGUAAAACUACAAAGUGUAAUAGAAAAUUAGGAUUUAACAUUAGUGAAAAGGGAAAAGAGAGCAGAGAUAGAACAUAAAUGCGAGAAAGGAGAGAGAGAGGGAGAGAGCGAGCGAGCGAAAGGGGGGGGGGGCAGGAGCAGAAUGUCGAAAAGAAGAAGACGAAAGAGGUAAAAACAUGAUGUUAUAAGGUUUCAAAUAUGUUGGAAUGGAAAACAAAUUUGGAAGAAUUUGAAACUGAAGUAAAAUAUUAUCCUACAUGUAAUUCAAAAAGAUAUUAUAUAUUACUGGUCCAGAUUGUCAUUUACUUAUGGUACAUUAAAGAUCAAAGUGUUAUGAGACGAAAAAACAAGCGAUAGUAUCUACAACAAAAGAAAGAGAGAUAGACAGAUAGAGUAAGACAGACAGUGAUGAGAAGGGGUUGCAAAGAACAUGGAAAGGAAUACAUCACAGAGAUGAAAGUUCAUAAAUGGACCAAAGUAGAUUAAAAACAUGUAUUUUAUUGUGCAAACGUUGAAUAUCAAUGUCAUAAAGAAGCAUAAAUGAUAUUCAUAUAUAGAUAAACAUUAUUUAUUAAAAAGGGAAGUUAAUUUAUUAUAUUAAAGAGAAAAAUCAAACAAUCAUAUCGCUUAAAAUUUUGAAAUUGGAUGUCAAAAAAGAAAGUUUUGACAUAUAUAUCCUCUCACUUCUUUUGUAUUUUAAUUUUCUCCUCAUUGAGUGUGAAACAAAAUGUGAUUCCUCUCUGGACACAUGGAGUUGCCAUUGUUGUAACAUGUUGUGAUUUGAUGACAAGUCUUGUUACAUGUAUGUAGUGAAUCUGCAAGAAUGGAAUAUUGUAUAAUUCACACAAUGAAAUAACAAAAAGAUAUAAGUGAGUGAGGGACACCAUUGACUCUUUCAUUUCCAUAUCAUUGUGUUGUGCACAUAACUAUUUUUGAAAAAUUAGGUACAUUUUAAAAUAUCAAAACUUGUUUUACUAACAUUUGAUUUUGAUUAAGUUUUCAUUGUUGUGCUAGUUCGAUUUAUUUUUUCUUUUUGAGUUCAAAAUGACUUUACGUUGGGGUAGACUUGUCCUCUAUUUUAAUAGAGGCAAAACCAUGUUAUUAUAAUUUGUCAAUUGUUUUUAUCUUCAUAAUUCUGUAUUUUGAAGAGAGAAAAAAUGCUAAUGACAUUGUUCAAGCUGUUACCAGUUCAGUGUGGAACAAAAUUUUCUUACCAGAAUACCGGUAUGGCUUCCAAUCAAUUAAAAAUUCCCCCAGAAUUUUAUUGCCUAAAUUAUUGUGAUUUUACACCCAAAUUCAAUGAUUCUUUCUUUUUUACUAGAAUGGCAGCUACGGUGUUUGUUCAGCCUCUAGAUCUGGUCAAGAACAGGAUGCAGAUGAGUGGUGAAGGAGGUUCUGCUAAAGCUCAUAAAACUAGUCUUCAUGCCAUCAAAUCUAUCAUAAGAGAGGAAGGGGCACUUGGACUCUAUAAUGGAUUAUCAGCUGGAUUAUUACGACAAGCCACAUACACCACAACUAGGCUAGGAAUAUACACAACGUUAUUUGAUAUGGCUACAGGUGAGGAUGGAAAACCUCCACCAUUUUUAUUAAAGGCUGGAAUAGGCAUGGUAUCAGGAGCAAUAGGUGCUUUUGUUGGGACACCAGCUGAAAUUUCACUAAUUAGAAUGACAUCAGAUGGCAGGCUACCAGUGGCUGAGAGGAGAGGCUACACAAGUGUCUUCAAUGCGUUAGCUAGAAUCACAAGAGAAGAAGGUCUCAUUACACUCUGGCGGGGGUGUGGUCCAACCGUUGCCAGGGCGAUGGUUGUCAAUGCAGCUCAACUUGCUUCCUACUCACAGGCCAAACAGUUCCUACUAGGAACAGGUUACUUCCAAGACAACCUUCUGUGUCAUUUUGGAGCAAGUAUGAUCAGCGGUUUGGUCACCACUAUUGCAUCCAUGCCAGUCGAUAUUGCAAAAACAAGAAUUCAAAACAUGAGGAUAAUAGAUGGAAAGCCUGAGUACAAGGGUGCUAUUGAUGUUCUGGCACGUACCAUACGGAGUGAGGGAUUCUUUAGUCUCUGGAAGGGCUUCACUCCGUACUACACUCGGUUGGGUCCACACACCGUCCUCACCUUUAUCUUCUUAGAGCAGUUCAACAGGAUCUAUCGAGAAAGAUUCAUGAAAUAAACACAAACUACACCAUUAUUAGAUCUUACCGUAGCGGGCACGAGAGGAACCAACAAGGGAAGAUUAGGGUAUUUUCCCAUGCAUGGACUCAGUGGCGUCGGAACACUCAUACACUGCAAAAACUCUGGUGUUGAUUUAACACCAGCCCGGAAUCUAUAUAUGUCUACACCAGAGAAGUGUUAAUCAACACCAGUUUUGUUUUGGUAUAACACCAGAUAGGUGUUAUACAACACCAAUUAGUAUCGAAACAGCAUCGGUUUGAUUCCAAACUGGUGUUGUUUCAAUACUUCUCUGGUGUGGACAUAUAUAGAUUCCGGGCUGGUGUUAAAUCAACACCGGAAUUUUUGCAGUGUAUCAGACAAAUGAUGGGAAGAAGAGUUUGUUGUGCGUUGCCAAUCCAAUACUUCUGCAUAUUUAAAUGUUCAGGGGCCUUUAACACAACGCUUAGCAAUGAUCGUAGAAGAAUAUCUCUAUGAAUAAUUGCAUUGAGACAAUUUACAAUCAAUUGUGAAUAUCAAACUUACAAUCAAUUGCUAACAUUUGUGUUACGGGGCCCUCAUGCCAGGGGCAAAAUAUUGUAUGUCAAACAUGACUUACACCUUCAAUCAUUUGGCUAAUCUGAAUGUUCGGCAUGCCGCAUGUGUGAGGACUGACAUAUUUAAUGUAGGUGGCAGGGUGGUUGAAUUAAAUAUUUCCUACCUCUCUAAUUUUAUUUUGACCCAAGUUACUCUAAGACAUUGGCCUUCAGACCCUUUAGUUUUUAGUCUGAACCGAUCAUCUAGUUCAUGCCUAGGUCAUCAAUCAUGUAAAAUAUCUUUUUGUAUGGUUAAUAUAUAUCGAGUUGAAUGUAUUUUAUACAUUUUCCCACAAAAUUAUUGCCAUGUAGGCCUCUUAAUAGAAAUUAAAGCAAUAAAUUGUCCCCAAGAAGAGGAGGGAAAAGGAAUUGAAAGAUUAUGCACAGUAAGAGGGUCAAAUGAAUCAAAGUGUAUUUUGUGUAAACUAAACUUUACCCAAAACAAGACGAUUGAAAGGCUCACUUGCUGAAAUAAUCAAUACUUUAAUUUGUCAUUUUCUGUCACUAUUCUUGCAAUCCAAUAUUUAUUCUUACGUAAAUAGCUUUGACAAUUCUUGGGUACUAUUAAAUAAACUAAUUAUUGAAUGGCAUUAUUAUUGAAUAUGAGCUUGUAAUGACUACAUUGCAUCUUAUUACUGCGUCCUCCGAUAAUUAUGUGAUGUAGCCUGUUACAUUGUAUGUGACUUGUAGAAUAAUUGAAUGGACUUGUUUGGAAUAUAAGCUUGUUUUUCAUGACUAUAUUGCAUCUAAUUGCAAUUAGAUUACAAAGCCUCCUUUAUUAUAUGUAUUCUAUCUUGAGACAUAUUAUGGUGCAGUGGAUGAGACGAGAGAUUCUUGAAAAUUGAGUACAGGGUUCAAAACCCUGCUUCAAUGGUAAUGUUCUUAGUCUUGGCAGAAUUUGAAAUUUGCAUCUCUUUACCCAGGUGAAGAAAGGGACUGGGGGCAUAACACAUAGCUUAGAAAUUCUCACCAUUGAUUACAUUACACUUAGAUGUCAAUGGCCCGUAUUCUGAAGUCGGGUUUAACUUAAACUCAGGUUUAAAGUUGUGGUUUAAGUAUGGGAAGCCAUAAGUAUCAAAAUUUUUAUGGAGUUGUAUGUUUCUUAUGUUUACUGUGCUCUUUCUUGAUUCAUCGAUAGUAAAGACAAUCAUCUAUUUAUACUUCCUAGACCAUUAUGAAUGAAUGAUUUGAGAGCCAAAUGAGCUGAAAUAUCAUAUCUCUACCAUUAGUGAUUUAUGUAACAAUUGGCUAACCAUACUUAAACCACAACUUUAAACCUGAGUUUAAGUUAAACCCGACUUCAGAAUACGGGCCAAUGUGAUUAAUAUUAGCUUGAUGAUCAUAUGAUCAAGCGCUAUAGCCGGCUCAUAUGUUUGUGUUUUUCAGCUUACGCCUAAAUGCGUAUUGCCCAAAUUCAGCCAGCACGGUCAAACACAACACAAUGCAUUGAAACGAGUUGAUACAAGGUCAAUACGUAAACAAAAGUAGAGACAUCGUGUUCUUACUUGCUAGUUUAAAAUUUGUAAAGUUAUCUGUAACUGAACAUAAUCAAAAUCCGUACAAAGAAAGACAAGGGGCGACCAGCAAAUGCGAAUAAGGCUCGCGACUUUGAGCAACAGCAAGCAGCUUGCGCACUCCAUUGCUGUUUUGCCACUCGUUUUACCUCAACUUGGCUCGUUUCAGCUCGCAUCACCUUGUGUGUAAUUGUGUACGAGCUUGUACACAACGGGCAUGAUGACCACAAGCAUUGUAUUAUAGGGCAAAGGUAAUGACAUAUAUCAGCUGAUGUCUCAGUAACGUGUCAGGGAAUUUCCACUAGCUCAGAGGAUGAUACCAUGUAUUCAGGAUUUUGAAUCCGUAAAAAAAAAACCUCAGCAGUUUAACAUCAUUAGAUACAGAUAUGUUGUGGAUCAAUGGAUAAGUCUCCGGACUUUGAACCACAAGGUUGGGGUUCAAAUCUCGCCACAGUGCUCGCGUCCUUUGGCAAGGCAUUUAUCUACAUUUGCCUCCUUCCACCAAGUUUUGCAAUCAUUUUUUUUUUAUUUAGUAGGAGUCAACUAGGUUUGAGAUGCCAGUGAAGCAGGGAUAUGCAUGAGCCAAUUACGACCUUGUCAAGUUUUCAUGCACAAAUUAAUGCAGGAGUGGUAGGUAUGGACUGUCCUACUCUUCGUCGUCCUAUUCUUUAACGAAUAUCAUGCUGACAAGAUGUCAACUGUUUCAAGACCAAUAUGAAAGGAGUCUGACAUGGCUCUGCCUUAUUCUGUUUGAGGUAACUAAGUUACAAAUAUGAUAAUUUUUUUGUUCAAUCUAUGGUUUUUGAAGUUUUUGAAGCAUGUUUUAAUUUUAUGCAAUAGUUUUUUUAAUAGCAAGAAAGCUUUGGCUUGCCAUACUGCAGUGGGAUGAAAACUAGAGCAUAACAUUACAAACGGUACUAUUAUCUAUUUGUGGAGGUUCUGUGGUCUAAGGCACCUGGCUAUACAUAGAAAGUCCGGGGUUCGAUCCCCGGCCGCGGCAGCUAUGCCCCCUGAGCAAGGCAUUUAAUCUACAAUGCUCUUAUCCUGCUUUCAAAUAAAUGGAAAUACUAUAUGCAUUAUUGGUAACUAGGUGUGAACUUGUUUUUUUUUUUAAAUAAUGGAACCAGCCAUGGGAGAUCUCCUAAAUUUGACUUAUAAUCAUGUGCCACUUCACGGAUGUUUGAAUGAAAACAAACUUCUCCUCAUCAUGAAAAAAUUCCCUUUUUCACUGUGGAUGUUAGCUUUAUUGACAUCACAAUGAAUGAAUUGGGUAAAAGUGUGAUUGAUUUAGUUUGCUAUUCCAGUAUUAAGUGUUCAAUGUACUACAAAGAUAGGGAUACGAAUUGAUGUAUCUAACUCGUAUGAUUUUGAAUAAUAAGGUUUCAAGUCUUCUAUUUUGCUGAAGAUAUGAAAAAAGUAUUAGUGCAUGUCAGCGUUUGUAUAUAGAUAUAUAAUGACCAUACAAGCAACAUAGUUGCAAAUAGGUUUGAAAUAUAAAAAUGAAAGUGAAUAUGUAUUUUUUUUUCUGUGCUUGCAGAGUGCUAUUCAGGAUCAUUUUUAUCCUGUAAAGUGCAUCAGACUGCCCUAAUGAGAAUAAAGUCGUUAAGCCCUUUUAAGAAUUUGAA